CGUGACCAACGGUCAGUUGCACUGAUUACCGGCACCACAGCCGGUCGUAGUGCGAAAUCGUUUUUCCGUCGAACGUCAUAUUUCGAUUUAAACGCUGCCAACGCCACCACCUUUACAAUAUUACGAUUCAAAACCCGCAUCGUCUCGCGCAAACAGCAGAGAAACCGUCUGAGACGAUGAAGUCUUCCGGGCCGGACCGGCCAAAUGAGCAGGGACCUUCUCGUUAUCAUUAUCGUCCGUUUCUGCGGCUGCAGGCCACCGCCGUCCUAUUGCUGAUUCUGCACUUUGUCUCUCCGACCUUGGCCCUGAGGCGUGAAGCAUACCGCGAGAUUCACACCGACGACGCGGUCAUACUUGAAGCAUAUCCUGUGGACCAGGAACAUUCAACAGGUCGUGAUAUCGAUCACCGUCGUGAUCCGCUGAUGAGUAACAGCGGUAGCGGCCCUCAAGGCACCGACGAUCUCAGUACCGUCAGGACGUCGAGGACGAAAAGACAGAAUUCGUGGUCGAUGGUAUCAGGCCCGUGUGUGACGGCCAGAGGCACGUUGGGCAAGUGCACGAGUUUUCGACUGUGUUAUCCGUACAUUAAAAUGCCAAACUUCCAAUACUGGGACUCGUGGAUGGUAGGAAUGUACGACACGUGCACAUACAUAAGUAUCGAUCACAAACAGAUGUUUGGCGUGUGCUGCGAUCACCCGAGCUUUGUCGGGGAGAGUCAUAAAGAAGAAGGGAUAAGACCACCACCGGCAAUGGUAAUGCCACCGAAUUGGCCACCACCUUUGCCGACGCACCCUCCGGACCACACUAUACCGCCGAUUCCUACACACCCUCCACAGAAGCCACCAUCGACGCAGCCAACUAAACCAACGCCUCCACAGAAACCUACGAUACCACCAUGGCCGCCAUUCCAGCAUCAAAACUUCACCACUACUACCCCACACAAUAAACCUAUCACCACCACCACUACCACCACCACCACUACCACACCGUCUUAUGUAGACGGCGAAGGUGGGAGCUACGAUUAUCAAUGUGGUCUGAAAAACGGUCCUCAAGAUCAAGAGAGGAUCGUCGGUGGUCAAAACGCCGAUCCAGGAGAAUGGCCGUGGAUCGUUGCUAUAUUCAACUCGGGCAGGCAUUUUUGCGGAGGAUCUUUAAUCGAUGACACACACGUAUUAACGGCCGCACAUUGCGUUGCUCACAUGAGUUCGUGGGACGUAGCUCGUUUAACAGUGAAUCUCGGAGACUACAAUAUCAAAAGCAAAACUGACGUGAAACACAUGGAGAGAAAAAUCAAAAGAGUCGUUCGACAUAAAGGUUUCGAUCAAAGAACUCUGUACAAUGAUAUCGCGCUCCUCACUCUGGAUAAACCAGUGAAGUUCGAUAAACAAGUACACCCGAUAUGUUUACCGACGAGCAGAUCUAUGUACGCAGGACAUACCGCUACAGUAAUCGGCUGGGGCAGUUUGAAAGAGAGUGGUCCACAGCCGGCGAUUUUGCAGAAAGUCAAUGUGCCUGUGUGGACAAAUCAGGAAUGCAAGUUCAAGUAUGGAGCUGCGGCUCCGGGCGGGAUUGUAGACCACUUCUUGUGCGCGGGCAAAGCAGCAAGAGACUCUUGCAGUGGUGACAGCGGAGGUCCUUUGAUGCUAAACGAUGGUAAAUGGACCCAGGUGGGUAUUGUCAGUUGGGGAAUAGGAUGCGGCAAAGGCCAAUACCCGGGAGUAUACACUAGAGUUACGAGUUUCAUGAAUUGGAUUACAAGAAAUUUAAAAACGUAAAUUGAUAGCACAGUAUUGCUUACCGAUAAUAAUAAUUGUGUCUCGGUAAAUUAUUAUUAUAUUAA